UCUAAGUAAUUUGUUAACUGCUCCUAACGAAUCAUCAUCAUCAUGGUUGCUUUGUUUUCUCCUCCAGUGUUCUCAACCAAGGGAUGGCUUUUAGAAGAGGAGCCAUUAAGCUAUGAUGUGUCUUCGGAGUACUCAUUUCCCUAUCAAUUUUAUUCACCACAGACACAGAUUGAGGUUGAAAUAGAAAGCUCAACUGCACCAUCCCCUGAUGACCCUGCCAUGGUCAAGAAGCUUAGCCACAACGCUAGUGAACGUGAUCGCCGCAAGAAGAUCAAUAACUUGGUUUCUUCACUUCGUUCACUUCUUCCGGUGGCUGAUCAAACGAAAAAAAUGAGCAUUCCGGCUACAGUUUCGCGAGUCAUAAAAUACAUACCUGAGUUACAACAGCAAGUGCAAUCACUGACUAAGAAAAAAGAGGUGCUUCUUUGGAGAAUCUCUCGGCAAUUGCAAGGAGAUGCAGUGAACAAAGAAUCUCAAAGGAAAAUUUCCCAACACAACUCUGAAUUUGUUGUUUCAACAAGUAGGCUCAACGACUGUGAAGUUGUUGUUCACAUUUCUUAUGAGGCUCAAAAGGCUCCACUAUCCGAGAUCUUGCACUGUUUAGAAAAUAAUGGUCUUUAUUUGCUAAAUGGUUCUUCCUCUGAAACCUUUGGAGGAAGGGCUUUCCACAACUUGCAUUUUCAGGUGGAAAAAACUCAGAGAUUAGAGUCCGGGAUUCUAACUGAGAACCUUUUGUCAAUAUAUCAGAACCAAAGGAUUUUAUAAUCAAUCUAAAGUUGGCUCUCUAAGUAUGAUAAGUGCUCUCUGAUAUUAAAUUUGACACCAAAAAAAGUCUGCACAUAUUUGGUCUGUAUGAAUGGCAAGUUCAUCAGAAAUCAGAAUGGAGUAAUCACAUGCCGCCUGCCUCUAUAUAUAUAGUUUGGUAAAAAAAAGCAACUGAGUAGGAAGGUGUGCAUGGAUUUUAGGAGUUAAAGAAAGAAUGCUGUAUAAACUUAAAUUUCUUCACGACUCAUGUGAUACUCGUGACAAAAGACACCAAUAAUAUUACUAGAUAAGUGUAUCAACAUCAUUCUCGGCAACAACUUGAGGAACAUAGACAACUGGCUCCUUUGGUGCAUCAGCAAGCACUGCGACAACCUCUCUGCUCUUUGCCAUGCUCUGUAAGCAAAGGCAGUGGUUGUGCUCACCCAUGCCUAUAUGCACAAGGGACAUCAGUGACAUCAAUCGCUCUUUCAUGUGAGCUCUUCUUUCACUAUUACGACCACCAAUUAUCAUACACGUGAAGUCAUUUUGUACAUGAAAGUUCAACAAUAUGAAGUUAGGCUAUUUUUUUAAUGUAAUUGUGUGUAAUAAAAUACACAUACAACAAAAACAUUUUUCCAUUGCAUCUAAACAAAAAAAUGAACUCACUUGGUUUCCAGAGAUGGUGGCAACUGGUGGCAGAGUUUGGCGGUGGCAUCUUCAGGGUUUCAAGGAAGAAGGGUGAAUGCAAUGCAAGGAGAGGGAAAAGGGUUAGAAGAGGAGUGUGAGAAUGGGUGGGAGAGAGAUCCGUGAGGGGUGUGGGUGAGGGGAAAGGAUUAGAGCCGGUAGUUAAAGAAAUUUUAUAAAUUUUAAGCUUAAAUAUAAUUUCAA